CGAAUCUAUUUCAACAUGGCGGAUUUUUAGUGAAACUUGGAGAUUUGCAAACUCUUACAAAUUUAGUCUGUUUAAAAUGGCAGAAUUCCCUGACUUUGGAAAGCAGUGUGAUGUCGAGAUUUGUAAGCAACUUGAUUUUCUUCCAUUUAUUUGUAAUGGAUGCUCUGGUACCUUUUGUUUAGAACAUCGCUCAAAGUCAUCACACAACUGCACUGUUGAUGAUCAAAAAUUUAAGGGAGAUCCAUCAAAGACUUCAGUUUCAAAUGGUUUCUUAGAGUGUUCACUGAAUGAGUGCAACAGUAGAGAGUUGGUUCCAGUGUUAUGUGAACAUUGUCACAAAAACUACUGCCUCAGGCAUAGGCAUCAGGUUGAUCACCAGUGCCCAGGUCUCCCUCAGAAACAACCCAGAGUGACUCCUGAACAAAGAAUACAACAAAUCAUUGGAAAAGAUCUUUGCAAAGAAAAGAAAGGUCGUGGGGGUGUGAGAAAUGAAAGCCGCGCAGCUAAAGUUGCUCUGAUGAAGAUGAAGAUGAAAGCUACUGGAGAUGGUUCAAUUCCUCAGGUUUGUCAGGAGGAACGAAUCUAUCUCAGAGUUCUCAUGCCUCUUGGUAAUAAAGAACGAGAAUAUCCAAUGUACUUCUCCAAGUACUGGACGGUGGGAAAAGUCAUCGACAAAAUUGCGGUCACUGCAAGACUGAAAAAUGAUAAUAACAAGGCAGUAGCAAAGAAGCUACGACUGUUUCACGGAAGUUCUGGAGACGUUCUAGACUUACAAAAUCCUUUGGAACAUUUUCAGACGCAAGAUGAUUGCCCAGUGUUGAGUGGAAGCACAGUUGUUUUAGAAUAUGUGGAUGAACAAUGCGCUCAACUUCUUACAAAUCGAGACAAAUAUCCCACGUGAACGUAAUAAACUUGUAAAACUUUCAA